UUUUAUCGUUUAUUUUUUUUGGGAGUUUGCUUAACUCUCUGUGAUGUGACAAAUGACACUGACAAUUGAAUUGACAUUCCGAUUUCUCUUCCAUUUCCAGUUUUUCCAAAGCCCAAUCAGCUGGCUUGGGGUCGCAUGAUAUAUUUAAAUUGCUCUUUUGUACGAAUUUUUAGUAGAAUUUACUUCAAUCAAGAUGCCUAAGAAAAAGACUGGUCAACGUAAAAAAGCUGAGAAACAAAAGCAGCGACAAAAAGAAAUUCGCAACGCCAGGGAGCACGUCGACAUCGCGCAGCACCCCUGCAACCUGCCCAUGGAGUGCGACAAGUGCCUCAAGAAGCAGAAGAGCCGUGCCUUCUGCUACUUCUGUUCGGCGGUGCAGCGGCUGCCACAGUGCGCGCAGUGCGGCAAGGUCAAGUGCAUGCUGAAGGCGGGUGAUUGCGUGGUGCGCCACCCCGGCGUCUUCACCACCGGACUAGGCAUGGUGGGUGCUAUAUGUGACUUCUGCGAGGCGUGGGUAUGCCACGGCCGCAAGUGCCUCACCGCGCACGCGUGCACGUGCCCGCUCGCCGACGCCGUGUGCCUGGAGUGCGAGAGAGGCGUGUGGGAGCACGGCGGCCGCGUGUUCCGCUGCUGCUUCUGCCAGGGCUUCCUGUGCGAGGACGACCAGUUCGAGCACCAGGCCUCCUGCCAGGUGCUGGAGUCCGAGACCUACAAGUGCCAGUCGUGCAACCGCCUGGGCCAGUACUCGUGCCUACGCUGCAAGACGUGCUUCUGCGAGGAGCACGUGCGGCGGCGCGGCGCCCGCAGCGCGCGCGGCGCCCCGCCCUGCCCGCGCUGCGCCUACGCGCUGCACGUCACGGCCGACCUCAGCAUGUCCACUCGCUCGCACCGCUACGGGCGCCAGGGCACGGCGCUGGCCGACGACGACGACGACUCCGCGGACUACGGCCACUCCGGAUACAGCGCCGAUGGCGGGAUAGAAGGCGGAGACUACUCGUAUUCGGAGUCGGAUGAUGACGACGAUGAUGAAGACGAUGCCGAGGAUGACUCCGAGGAUGAAGAAUCCGAAGAGGAAGAAGCGGAGGCUAGUUCCGCUGAUAAGACCAAGACAUAAAACAUUACUAGCCCCCCUGAAUGCCUCACUUGUUCAAGAGCUGUUAUUAUAUAAUCGUCUAGGUUAUGUUUGAUGGUUUGUAACAUAUAUUCAAUAAAAAUGUUUGUGCUUUUCA